AUGGAUUAAACUCUUUAUAUGAUUUUAAGAAAUUAAAAUCACAAUCUAUACAAUAAUGUCAGGUCAUUUGCCAGAACCUACAAUGCUCUCUAAAAGGACAUAAUAGAUAAGACUUAUUAUACAGAGACAUUAACAUAUGCAUGCAUCUCGUUGAUAUUAGGUUAAUAAAAAAAAAGUAAAACAAGAAAAAGCAAAUCGAAUUUUGUAACAAACAAACAUGCUCAUAAAUUCAGCUAAUAAAAUAAAUAGAACUCUUAAAAUGAUGCUGACGACUUAGAAAAUGAUCAAGUUAAAAAAGAAGAAAUUGAAUUAGAAGAUAGUUUCAAAAAUGAUAGAUCUGAACAAAAAUAGAGAAGAAGAAUGAUCAAGUAAAAGAUCUAAUUCCAGCUAAGAAAAAAAUUAAUGAAAUACUUAAUAUCAAUAUCAGUGAGUGCAUUUCUAGUUUGUGGAUAUUUCUUAGCUUUUCACUUCCUUUCAACUCAAACGUUUUUAAAUAUUAGCGGAGAGAUUGAUGUAAUUAAAGCUGCAUUCUCUAGAGUAACAUCAAAGGAUAAUAUGCUUUUUGGUAUACUUGACGCCUAUAUAAAUAAUAAAACUAUACUUAUUAAUGGAUUUUAAGAACAAAUAAAUUACUACAAUAGAAGGGGAUAUGAGGAGGAAUAAGAUUAUUAAACAUAACUGUUUCAGAAAUAAAAUCCAUAGGUACCUGAUAGCAUGAAGCUUUAUGAGGUUUAUGAUUAGAAGGACUUUUGUAGUAAAGCUUUUUAGAGGAAAGUUGUGGUCAAUGAUUCCUUUUCAGUAAGCGUAGAUUAUUGUUAAACAGCAGGUAAAGGUGCACUCUAAAAUGGCAUAUUAGCUUACUUCUAUCAAAUGCUUUAAAAGUACCAGUAGAUUUAAUUAUUCUUCAAUGCAACAAAAAGAACAGAAGAUGUUAUAAAGUAAACUAUUGGCUCUAAAGAUUUUACAACUUUGACUGACUUAAAUUUAAGGAUAGUCUAGCAAGCUUGGGCUGACCUUGAAUUAAAAACUUAUAACGAAGUGAAAAAUUUCAAUGAAUAAGAAAAGACUAAAUACAUAAUUCUAUUUUCAUUUUUCGUAGCUAUUAUCAUAACUGUUUUGAUUCUAUUUUUUACAAAAAUGUUAAAUUCUAAUAAAAUGCUAUACUUGAUGAACUACGAAGCUCUUGACGAACAGCAUAGAAAUAAUAUAGAAAUAUUUUUAAAGAAAUAUUGA